GAACUGAGCAGUAAAUAUUUGUUAAGUACCUGAUCCGUGCUGGGCACUGUCCUAACUGCUGGAGCUGCAGCAGCGAAUAACGCAGAAAGAAGUCCAGUCUUCCGGCAAACGGGUGCAGUACACAAUAAGUGGUAUCCUGAUAGAAGAUGGGCAAGGGCUGCAAGGUCGUGGUCUGUGGCUUGUUAUCUGUGGGGAAAACCGCCAUUUUGGAGCAGCUCCUUUAUGGGAACCAUACUAUUGGAACAGAAGACUGUGGAACAAUGGAAGAUGUGUAUAUGGCUUCAGUGGAGACGGAUCGGGGAGUGAAGGAACAGUUACAUCUUUACGACACCAGAGGCCUGCAGGAAGGCGUGGAGCUGCCCAAGCAUUACUUCUCAUUCGCCGACGGCUUUGUUCUCGUGUACAGCGUGAAUAACCUUGAAUCUUUUCAAAGAGUGGAGCUUCUGAAGAAAGAAAUUGAUAAGUUCAAAGACAAAAAAGAGGUCGCCAUUGUCGUACUAGGAAACAAAAUCGACCUUUCUGAGCAGAGACAAGUGGACGCGGAAGUGGCCCAGCAGUGGGCGAGAAGCGAGAAAGUGAGGCUGUGGGAGGUGACUGUCACAGACCGGAAAACCCUGAUGGAGCCGUUCACCUUGUUAGCCAGCAAGCUCUCGCAGCCCCAGAGUAAAUCGAGCUUCCCUUUACCCGGGAGGAAAAACAAAGGGACUUCCAGCUCCGAGAACUGACAAGUCAGUAAUCCCACAAUUGUUUGCUGGCUCGCGGCUGCACUGCAGUGUCUGGGAACAUGGCGUGAGAGUACUGUUUAAAACGGGCCAUCUGGACCCACCUGUGGUCCUUAUGAAACCCGAGGAAGCAAUUUAGUGCACUUUAGGUUAUAAAUAGACUAGUUAAGCUUACUGUGUUUGCUUGAUGUGAAAUAGUAGUUCUUGUUUGAAAUCUGUCCCUGAAAUUAGCACCUUCGUUAUUUAAGUUGCACUAACCAAAACAGUGAAGUCCACAUAGUGUGCAAAUCCAUUAGUGUGUAACUCCCCCAGCCUGUUCCAGAAGCUAGCCUAUUUAUUCUGUGUGACUUAGGAAAGUUUUUUUUUUUUUUUAAGUUUAUAAAAUGACUUUUUGCAUAUGUCUAGAUUGGAUCAAAAACUGAAUAAUUCGGGUACUAAGUAGACUCAGUUUUAUCUUGUGAAGAUUUUGCUAAAGAAAUGUCAGCUUUGCUCAAAUGAUUAUGUUUAGCAUGAUUUGGGGUAGUAUAAGUAGGCUAAUCACAUUCAAAGGCCUUUUUAAAAUUCAGCUGGGCCUCUGUUGAUAAACUAAAUAUCGGAAGGCAAAACUCUUCCUCCUCUUGAAAAGCGGUUACAUGGUUACAGUGAAGCUUCUGUCUUUCAGAAGGAAUACUGAAUCUUUGGAAUUGUGUUCUAGAAGCUCAGCAGGUGCAAUAACGUGGACCCUAAACACCUGAGCUACAGAUGGUGGGCGAGCUGGACGUCUGAGUUUGCUGUGGUUCUCUGAAGAUUUCAGCAAGAUCUGAACACAGUGGCUGCCUCACAUUUAGCAAGGUGACGGCCGGAGGACUAACGCUCAAAGUAGGAUGCAGACUACUUACCGGUUUCAGCUGUGAAAGCAAUUUAUUAUUUCAAUGUGAAUAUGAAGUAAGCUAUCGGGCAUGUGAAAUGCUACAUGUUAAAACAUCAAGUGAACUAUAAAAUCUUACAAUGGAAUACUUUUAAAAGUC